UACACUCCCAGCAGCCCUUGCCCCGACGAUGACGCUCGCACCAACGGCUUCUCAGACCUCGGCUCCUCCCUGCCCUCCAGUGCUGGUCAGACCCCUCUGAAGAUGUGUCACCUGUACAACAGUGAUGUGUUGGAUGUCUAUUGUUCUCAGUGCUAUAAGAAGGUUAACCUGCUCAACGACCUGGAGGCCAGGCUCAACAACCUCAGAGCCAACAGCCCCAACAGAAAGAUAUCCAGCACUGCCUUUGGACGUCAGUUGUUCCAACACAACCACAGUGCUUUUAGCAGCAGUCAGGGAAGCACAGAGGACCUGUUCAGAGACUCCAUCGACUCUUGUGAUGUGGACAUUACUGAGAAGGUGAGUUACCUGGAGAAGAAGGUGACCGAGCUGGAGAAUGACAGUCUGGUUAAUGGAGACCUCAAGUGUAAACUCAAACAGGGCAACACACAGCUAGUACACAGGGUUCAUGAGCUGGAGGAGCAGCUGAAGGACCAGGAGAGCAGAGCAGAACAGACCCUGGAGGAAGAGACACAUAGACACAGAGAGACCUACUGCAAGAUGGAGAGAGACAAGAACACAGACAUAGAGCUGCUCAGUAACAGAGUUCAGCAGCUGGAGGAGGAGAAUGGGGAGAUGAAACUGAACGUGUGUAAACUGAAGUCUCAGACUGAGAAACUAGACCAGGAGAAGCAGCGUAUGACAGACCGGUUGGAGGACACCAGUCUGAGGCUGAAGGAUGAGAUGGACCUCUACAGGAAGAUGAUGGACAAGCUGUGGCAGAACAGACAUGAAUUCCAGAAGGAGAGAGAGGCCAUGCAAGAGUUGAUAGAGGACCUGCGUAGGGAGUUGGAGCACCUGCAGCUGUUUAAGCUGGGUUCAGAAGCGGGGCAGGGGGCGGGGCUAUCAGAAUACAACGCCAAGACACGGGAAAUAGAGAUGGAGCAUGAGGUCAAGAGACUGAAACAGGAGAACUUUAAGCUGCGGGACCAGAACGAUGACCUGAACAGUCAGAUCCUCAGUCUGAGUCUGUAUGAAGCUAAGAACCUGUUUGCCUGCCACACCAAGGCCCAGUCACUGGCUGCUGAGAUAGACAACGCUUCUAGGGACGAGUUGGUGGAUGCUCUGAAGGAGCAGGAGUGUGUUAACUCCGUCUGA